GUAGUGUUCCGCUCUCCAUACUAAAUAGGAAACUGGACGUGAUGUGGAAUUAGAGCCUACCCAGCUGAAGCCACCCAACACUUACUACAAAUAUAGCCGCGAUGCGUAGGCCACAAAAUGGCUCCACUCACUUUUCCCAAUGAAAAGCAAAUGGAUUUAGCAGUUUUAUCCCGAUGCGGGUGUCCUUCCUCUCUGUAAAGUCGUAAGUACCUUGAGGUGGGAGGAGUAAAUUCAGCCUGACACUGAGAGCGCUUUUGUUGAAACAGGAGAGACUUGCGGUGUCCCUACUUAAAUAUGACACAUGACGAUGGACAGGCCGCCCGCCCCGCCGCCCCCCAGUGACCCCCGCGAUGCCCGCCCCGCCCGGCGGCACGACUCGGAAGCGGAGACCACGAGCGAGCCGGAGAGCAGCCGCGGGGGCAUGGAGGCGCCGGCGGACCCCCAGCUGCUGCUCAACGGGGCGGCCAAGGAGGCGGGCCGGCCCUCCCCCGGGCCCCCCGCCGCCCCUGUGCCCGUCAUCGAGCUGGUGCGCCGGGGGGGCUCCCUGGACAUAAAAAGCCGUGAGGCGGCGGGGGAGGCGAUGCAGAGAGCGCCGGGAGCCGAGCCGUGCCGCGCCGCCGAGGCCGCCUGCGAGGCUCGCAUGGUGCAGCUGAGCCCCCCCGCGCUCCCGCUGCAGCCCCCCGGCAGGGCCAUGCUCUACAACCUGGGCCAGCCGCUGGCCACCAUCAACAGCGGGUUUUUCGGCGAACCGGACUCCUUCUCCAUGUACGGCAGCAACCGGGUGAAGCGGAGACCCUCUCCGUACGAGAUGGAGAUCACCGACGGUCCUCACACGAAAGUGGUUCGCCGCAUUUUCACCAACAGCCGGGAGAGAUGGAGACAGCAGAACGUCAACGGGGCCUUCGCAGAGCUGCGCAAGCUCAUCCCCACCCACCCGCCCGACAAAAAACUCAGCAAGAACGAGAUUUUGCGCCUGGCUAUGAAAUACAUCAACUUCCUGGCCAAGCUGCUCAACGACCAGGAGGAAGAAGGAAACCAAAGGGGCAAAGUGAACAAAGACUCGGGGAUAGUCCAGGAAGACCUCCUGCAGGACAUGCUGUCUCCCAACUCGAGCUGUGGAAGCUCUUUGGACGGAGCGGCGAGCCCGGACAGCUUCACGGAAGAGCACGAGACGCUGGAUUCGAAGCACACGCGGAGCCUGCACCACGCCAUCCUCCCCGUAGAAGGCAACGCGCAGCGGUGAUGACCCCCUCGCUGCUCCUGAAGAGCCACGGGGGAGAGGCCAGGCCUGGCUGUGCAGCUGCUGGAACUUGUGCUUGUGGGAUUCGUGACUCUGCCUUUCCCUGGGGGCUCGGGCUGCCCGCUCUCCCCAGCCCGGCGCGUUGGCUGAGGACAAGGCCAACCCAGACGGACGCUCGGGGUUUAGGUACGUGACCGUGCAAAGAAGAAAAGCGUUUGAAGUCAUCUUCGUUGUACAGAACUGCUCGGGAUGGGACUCUGAGGAGGGGAAGGAGAGGUGGCUGGCGCCUCUGCAGCGUUCAGAGGGUUUCCAGACCACUUGGUGACUUUGGUCAUCUGGGUGAGACGUGGAGCUCCUCUCCCACUGCCCACGGAGGCCACCGGCGCUUUCCAGCUCCACAUGGUGCUGGAAACUGCUGCAUCACGCCAGUGCUGCAGCACUUCUCCAGCCUGCGGCACAUCCAGCUGGUCUGAGCAGGAGCUUGGCCACAUAUUCCUGUUGUCCGAGAGCUUUUGACUGUAUCUUUUUAAAGAGGUGAAAAAAUACCCUCAGCAAAAGAACUAUUAAAAGGAUUUAGACUAUUUCUUUCUCUCCCCUUUUUUCUUUCUUUUUUCUUUUUUUUUUUUCCCUUCCCUUUCUUCCUUUCUCUUCUGUCUAAUUUUGGAUUGUUUGGGCUUGUUGUAUUUAUGAUGUGGGAUUACUUCCGUUUAACACUGUCAUGCAGUAUCCACUGAAUGAAAAGGUACAUAGGUGUUUUCUGCCACCCCCCAGUCCCUGAUCCUUCUGCUGGUAACACUCAGCAGGUGAAUUUUAAGCCUGCUGUGGUCUCCCAGAGUUUUUCCAGUGGUUUCUGUGGGGCCAGAGCUUCUCUUGGGAAAGAUGAAUUUCAGAGUUGGUAAAGGAAGAAAAUAUUUGCUAGUGAAAUAUCUCUUUGGACUGGGGGAUUUUUAAAUUCAAAAUAGCAAAAAAAAAAGGGCAAAAGGAGUCAAUGAUGUAUCAACAGUGUGCGUGUACAUAGGGUUAUAAAAAGGUUUUUUGAUGGUA